UAAAAAACAUAAAAUAUUGUUAUUGGUGUUAUUAUAUUCAACUUUUACAGAUUUGGAGCAGAAAUAUUUGGAACUGAGAUCAAAAUUGAAAAAAAUUGUUAAAACUAACGAGAAAAAAGACCUGGAAAUAAGUAAGUUAUCGAAUAAAGUAAAACUUUUGGGACAAGAGAAUAGACGUUUACAAAUGGAGCUACAAAGCGGAAUUCAUGACAUGGAAAGUGAAUCUGAUGUUUCUGAGACUGGUAAAGAACAACGAAACCAACUCCUGGAAUCUCUUAAUACAAAAAAUAAACAAAUUUCCGAUCUUUUGAUGGAUAUUGAGGGUGUUGAGAAAGAAAAUUUCGCCUUGAGACAAAAAAUUUCGAAAGUGAAAGAUGAACUAUUAGCCGCUACGGAAGAAAUGACAUCUGUGACUAAAACUUUGGAGUCCAAAGAAAAAUGUUUGAAAGAAUAUACAGACAAAUUAGAGAAAAUGGAAUUUCAAUAUAAUGAUUUGAAAAAAAACUUCAAUGACUUGCAUGAAACCAAAAACAGGAUUGAAAAUAAUUUUCAGGAGAAACUGAUCUCCUCCAGAGAUGCAAUCUCCCGAUCUACUUCGGCCAAUUCUUUCAACAAUUCACUUCUCUGCAGCCUCAAGAGGACUCCUAUGCGAAGACUCGAGACGAUGCAGAAUAAGGUGCUCCGUAACUGCACGAACAGUGACAGAUACAUUUCAUUGAAUGAUCUGUUAGAUUUGACAGGAGUCGAGACGGUCACUGACAUAUCAGGAGGCUGUUAUAUAAAUUCUUCAAGUUCUUUCUGCCGAAAAGCCCGCUGA